GAAAAAGUUUAGAAACGUGGCCUGUUCGGGGGACACACAGAAGAAAGUUAGAGAACCGAAAAAGGAAUUGAGGUUGCAUACAAAUCAUGCCCCACACUGGUCAGGCUGGAGUGAACCAACUAGGUGGUGUGUUUGUCAACGGGCGUCCCCUACCGGAUUGCGUCAGGAGACGCAUAGUCGAACUGGCCCUCCUUGGAGUCCGUCCCUGUGACAUAUCCAGACAAUUGCUCGUUUCCCACGGCUGUGUUUCGAAAAUUCUGACUAGGUUUUAUGAAACAGGAAGUAUCAGACCCGGCUCUAUCGGUGGAUCCAAAACAAAGCAAGUCGCUACACCUACAGUAGUAAAGAAAAUCCUGCGAUUCAAGCAGGAAAAUCCGGGAAUGUUCGCAUGGGAAAUCCGGGAACAGCUGAUAGCCCAACGUGUGUGCGAGCCGCACAACAUCCCCUCAGUCAGUUCGGUGAACAGGAUUUUGAGGAACAGCGGCGUUUGGCCCGAUCACCAGGAAACAGGAGUGGGACACGCCAGGCAACACAACCAGGGAUCAGAUGCUACUCUCAGAUCGGAUCCCUAUACUAAACACACCUCCACAACACUAAACCCGACGAUCUCGUAUUUUCCAACUCUGCACGAGACUUCAUCUUACCCCCAAGUUACUCGGUUAACAUCACUUCACCAACAACUCCACGUAGUAACUACCACUCACACUCUAGAAAGUCCAUCCUGGUCCAGUUUUAACAACCUGAUAGUCCCAUACAGACCCCAAGUGUUCGAAAGAGAUAAUUCACCGAAUUAUAAUGAAAAGGGACAGAAAGACACUAGUGUAGAAGACCAAGAGGUCAAGAACCAACCAAAGAAGAAUCCGUAUUCUAUAGAAGAGUUGUUAAAGAAGCCUUCUAGAAAAGUUAAACUACCUAGUCCCAUGGGUUGUGUGAGUUUUCACCAACCUGUCGGUGUUAUAGUCACUACAGAUGAUUGUGGAAAGGUUGAUGAUGAUAGUGAAGAAAAAGAUGAGAAAAUAGAAGUUGAAUAGUAGGCUUUGUCUGUGCAUCCAUUGUAAAAUGAAUGUGACAAAAAGGGAGGAAAAACAAUACAAAUGAAAAACUAGUUCGAAAGCAAUCAGAAAAUAAUUUGAAUUAUAUUUUCAAUUAGUUUUGAAUUUUUUUUCUGUUGAAAGUAGAUUUGUAGUAUUAUUUUAUUAAGUAACACAGAUAGUUGCUUAAUAAAAUAAAUGUAGAAUAAAAAAACUUGAAAUCUGCAGCUAAAACUAUACCUAUAAAUAACUAGAAAUGUAAAUUAAAAUACAGGGUGAGUCUUAAAUAAGUGCAAAUAUUUUCAGGGGUAGUAUAUUUCGUCCCCAGAACUCAACACAAUUAUGAUGUGUUAAUUAGUCAAAAAAUUGAAAUUUUUGACUCAUUUUUUGGAUUUUUUUUUAGUUUUUAGUUAAAAAACACAAUUU